AUGUACUCUCGGUUUAAUGUGGUGCGCUUGACAUGUGCACUUCUCUUAGUAGUGUCUCUUCAAGGAACUGACGGAGCCAGACUUCCACAGUCCCAAAAUGACAAAGAGCAAAUGAUGAAGAUAGUAACAGAGAAAUUCAAAUCUCUGGAAAUGCACUAUGAUAUAGCUGGCAAAGAAUUUUUUGGAAAAUCUGUUUUGCUUCCUCAUCUGGACCAGCUAAAAUCCAAGACUUCCUGCACUUACCGGGCUCUGCUGCUUGAUAGAAUGUUGAACAUCACUGAAACCAUCUUCCAAGAGAUGAGAAAGAAAGCUGAGAAUGAAGAAGUGAAAACCAGCCUAACAGAUCUAAUGGAUGAGGUGAAAAUGCUGAGGCACAAGUACAGUGAAGAACAGAAAGUCUGGAAGGAGCUUCAGGACAUUCACUCAAUCGAGGUGACAAAUGACACAAUCCAGAAGGGAGCACUAACUUCCUUUCUCAUGUUGUAUAAACUGGCCUACACCGAGAAAAACGAGCAGACACAAUCGCCAGGACAAGAAUCAUCUUAAUUUCUCCUGCUGUAUAGUUAAUUAUUUAAAUUAUUGUUAUUUAUUAUCCUACUGGACUAAAUUAAACAAAUAAAAUAAACAUUUUGCAUUCA